GUCUUUCUCUAUGGUUUGGUUUAGCUCUAUAAAUCAGUUGCGUUGCAUUAAGUUUGUUGAUUUUCUUACCUGGAGGUUAAACUGAUGCCAGCUUCCCCUCAUGUCUGCCACAAUGACCACCAUUGUCCAUGAUACGACAGAGGCAGUGUGCUUCUCCUCCGAGCACAACCUGUACCUCAAGCCCAUCGCCAAAAUGACCAUCAGUGUGGCUCUGCCGCAGCUCAAACUGCCCGGCAAGAGCAUCUCAAACUGGGAAGUGAUGGAGAGGAUAAAGGCCAUGGUCGCUCCAGAGCAGUUCUCAGCCCUGCGAAUCUCAAAGAGCACGAUGGACUUCAUCCGGUUUGAGGGCGAGGUGGAAAACAAGACGGUGGUCAAGAGCCUGCUGUCACGUCUGGAUGGGAAGAGCAUCAAGCUGAGUGGAUUUACUGAUGUCCUGAAGGUUCGUGCGAUAGAGAACAAAGUAGACUUCCCUACGCGUCACGACUGGGAUUCCUUCUUCCGCGACGCCAAGGAUAUGAAUGAGACUCUGCCAGGAGAGAGGCCCGACACCAUCCACCUCGAGGGACUUCCUUGCCGCUGGUUCAGCCAGAAGGACAGCCCGUUUCCAGACCGGCCCUCUGAAGAUGUCCUAAUUGCGGUCUUUCAGACAUUUGGCAAGGUGCGAAAUGUUGACAUCCCCAUGCUGGACCCAUACCGGGAGGAGAUGCUGGACAAGAACUUCAACACAUUCAGUUUUGGGGGCCAUCUGAACUUUGAGGCUUAUGUCCAGUUCCAGGAGUACGGCGGCUUCACGAAGGCAAUGGACACUCUGCGCAGCAUGAAGCUGAUGCUGAAGGGAGACGAUGGAAAGGCAGUGGCCUGCAACAUCAAGGUGACCUUUGACACCAGCAAGCACUUGAGUGAGUUGGCUCUCAAGAGGAGAGGCCAGGAGCGGCUGAAGUUACAGGAGCUGGAGAGGCAGAGAGAGGAGCAUAAACGACGGGAGAAGGAGGAGGAGGAGCGACGUAAGGAGGAUGAGAGGAGACAGAAGGAGCAGGUAGAAGAGGAUAAGGAGAGGAGGAAGGAAGAGAGGAUACGAAAGCGAGAGCAGAAGCUGCGGGAGAGGGAGGAGAGGAGAAACCUGAAGAAGGUGCGGCGACAGCAGGAAGAGGAGCAGAAGAAGCUGCAGAUGAAGAUCGCCAUGGAGGAGAGGAGGCUGCUGUUGGCUCAGCGCAACUUGGAGUCGAUUCGUCUCAUUGCUGAGCUCCUGGCCAGGGCCAAGGACCUGAAGCAGCAGGAGCAAGAGAAACAGAGGGCUGAGCAGGAGGCGCAGGAGGAGCAGGAGCAGGCUCGACAAAAGGAGGAACUGGCUCAUCUUCAGCAGCUUGAGGCCUGCCGACGCAAGCAGGAGGAUGAGCUCCGGAGGGUGGAGGUGGAGAAGGAGCGAGCCCUGGAACUCCAGCGACGUGAGAAGGAGCUUCGCGAGAAACUGCUUUGCAACUUAAUAAAGAAGAGCAGCGGCAAAGCCACACGACCUCCAGGCACACAGGACCAGGCUGUAGCGAGCGAGGAGCCGUCUGAUCCGGGCGUCAAUGACGUCAUGCUGGGGGUCCUGGGCCGGAUGUACGGAGUGAAGGCCAUUGAGAGCGAGGAGAAGCCCGUGUCCAAAUCCAGUGUGCAUUCACAAGUUCUGGGGAAAAAACGAACACCAGAGGAGAGGCGAGUAAGGGAGGACGCCAAGAAAGACCGCGAGGGAAGGAGGAAAGAAGGGGUGAGGAGGGGCCACAGUCGGGAGAAAGCGAAGGACCGUACCCGCUCCCACAGAAAGAGGAGCUCCCACAGCCACGGGAGAAGGAGGCGCUCUCACAGCAACAGUCGGAGGAGCUCCAGCCAACGGAGGAGGAGCUCCAGUCAUCAUAGGAGGAGCCUCAGUCGCCGUGGCAGCAGGAGGCGCAGCCACAGCAAUUCCAGCCGGAGCACAAGCUCCAGCCGGGACAGGAGCCGGAGCAGCAGCGGGAGGAGCUACAGCGGCGAGAGGAGCCGCAGGAGAAGCCACCGGAGGAAUGACCGCGGCAGCUCGAGGGCCAGCCACAAGAGUCGAGAGAGGAGCAGUCACAGCCACUUCAGGUACAGGAGACGCAGUCGAGACAGGAGCCACUUCAGACGGUGAUCACGAUCAGCGCGUCGAUUCAUGGAUUCCCCUUUUUCACCGAAAGUUCGAUACGUUUCAGAAGAAGAAUAGACACGUUGGCCCUUGUCAGUAAUGUAACCGUGAAAUUCAGGACGUUCCCCAGAAUACGGCAGCAUAAAACAAGAAAUCGUGGAUAUGAAUAAAAAAAUCGCAUAUAAAAAUAGAAUCAACUCCACUGGAACAAUCUGCGUCACUGUACUCUGUGUGUUGUGUACGGCGUGUGUCACUGCAGAUGAUUCUAGGGAGUUGCUUUUACCUCUUUUUUUUUCUUUCACAGUUCAUACUCUGGUAUUGAAGCUGCUGACACAUUUUUCACAUUUUCAAUGUGUUUUAUAUUUAUCAACUUAAUGGCAUAAAACAAUGUGCUAUUUGGUUUUUUUUAUAUUAUACUUUGCGAUGUGUUCAAAACAUUGCAUCAACAUUUGCACUGACAACUAACUUGAAUCACCUUUAUUUGGGUAUGUUGAGAACAUUACCUGGCAUAAUUGUUUGAAUUAAAGGCUAAUAUCAUAAGCUCAUUAUAUUUGUCGAUUGACCCCCCAGUCUGACCCGACUGAGAGCCCAAAAGCCUGUUGAUGGGCUUGAUUGUCUGCAAGCAAGUUGUUUUUGCGCAUGAAUAACAUCCUGACUCCAGAACAGCCGACAGUGUUGUGGACUGACAUGUCGUCAGCAGGAAGUGUCACACACUAUCAGACCUGAAUUUUGAAGUGGAACAACGGCUGCUGUUCCACUUCAAAUGAGACAUUUCCACAGAAGCAUUCUUCUGUAUUUUGGCCGAAUUCUGUGUCGACCGUCUGAAACGUUUCUUGGAAUACUGCAGAACGGGGCGGCGCUGUGUUGCUGAUGAACGGCUGAGAGAAACACUCCUCGGCCUGCACAACCAAGCAGCACCAUUUUUAAUGAUCUUACCAAGACUGAUUUUACUUAAGUUUAAUUUGCAAAUGACGUGAAGAAGUUUGUUCAAAAAGGAAAUGUGAUUCGUUGAGAGUCUUGUAAGUAACAAAAGACAUCAAGCCGUGUUCUCCCUCUUCGCUUUUGAGUUCAACGUCAACUUUGAGACGUGUCCAAGUCUGGGUUAAAGUGUUAUUAUUGUUUUAGAAAAAAGCUUCUGCGAUUCAAGUCAAACCAGCGCCGUGACAAGGAGGGACAUGAGCAUCGGCUGAUCGCUGUGUUGUAUUUCAGAUCUGGGAAAGUCAAUCGAGUACAAUGGUUUUGUUGACACUGCUAAUUUGAUAUUGUUACUUGUCAUGGUAACGCCCACUUGUUCUCUGUAUCGUAUGCUCAUGACCUCUGAGAACAUGUCUUGCGUACACAUUCAAAUAAAAAGUCAUUCUGAAAACUA